CAUGACUAAAUCUUUGUUAACCAAAACUUCCAAAUCUCUAGAUCUUUUAAUCCUUAUCUUCCUAUAUAACCAACUGCAAACUCUUUACGAAAUUAUCUUAUACUUCUUCUGUUAGUACACUCCAAGCACCAACUGUAUACUUUACUCAAUUAUAGGAGUGUUUUGUCAUGGGAAACUCUGGUGCUGAUUAUCUUGAACUAGUGGUCAAACAAGGUGAGCCAAUGCUGGUUCCUCCUGCAGAGGAGACCGAGAAGGGGCUGUACUUUCUGUCAAAUCUUGACCAGAACAUCGCUGUGAUUGUUCGUACAAUUUACUGCUUCAAAGCAGAGGAUAAAGGUAAUGAGAAUGCUGUUGAGGUGAUUAAGAAUGCUUUAGCAAAGGUUCUUGUUCACUAUUACCCUCUUGCUGGACGGUUGACAAUUAGCCAGGAGGGCAAGCUGAUUAUAGAUUGUACCGGUGAAGGGGCUGUUUUUGUCGAGGCAGAGGCCAACGGUGUUUUGGAAGAGAUUGGUGAUAUUACGAAGCCUGAUCCUGUCACUCUUGGUAAACUGGUUUAUAAUGUUCCUGGGGCCAAAAACGUGCUAGAAAUUCCUCCUCUUGUUGCUCAGGUGACAAAAUUCAAAUGUGGAGGAUUUGUUCUCGGGUUAUGCAUGAACCAUUGUAUGUUUGACGGGCUUGGUGCUAUGGACUUCGUGAACUCGUGGGGUGAGAUUGCCAGAAACUUACCAAUGAAAGUCGUACCAUUUCUUGAUAGAAGCAUAUUGAAAGCUAGGAACAUUCCCAAAAUCGAAUUCCCACACCAAGAAUUUGCUCAAAUUGAUGACAUUUCAGACACUGCUGAGCUCUACAAAGAAGAAAUGCACUACAGAUCCUUCUGUUUUAGCCCCGAAAAGCUUGAUUAUCUGAAAAAGAAAGCCUUGGAAGAUGGUACACUUCAAAAAUGCACAACCUUUGAAGCCCUUUCAGCAUUCGUCUGGAGGGCCCGAAGCCAGGCCUUAAAAUUGAAUCCUGAUCAGCAAACAAAGCUCCUAUUUGCUGUCGACGGACGCUCCAGAUUCAAUCCACCACUCCCUAAAGGGUACUUCGGCAAUGGCAUUGUCUUAACAAACUCCCUGUGCACAUCAGGGGACCUCGUGGAGAAUCCGUUGUCGUUCACUGUCAAGCUAGUCCACGAGGCCGUAAAUUUGGUGACAGAUAACUACAUGAAAUCAGCAAUCGACUAUUUUGAAGUGACCAGAGCAAGGCCUUCUCUAGACGCGACUCUUCUGAUCACUACUUGGUCUAGGCUGGCUUUUCACACAACCGAUUUCGGGUGGGGCGAGCCUAUUCUAUCAGGGCCUGUUGCAUUGCCGGAGAAAGAAGUGAUCUUGUUUCUGUCACACGGAGAUACGCGUAAAAGCAUCAAUGUGCUUCUCGGCUUGCCAGCUUCUGCAAUGAAACGUUUCGAAGAAUCGAUGAACAUCUAAUUAUUCAGAACAUUUCGUGUUCGAAAUGCUGGCUGAUACUGCAUCACUUCAUUAUAAUCAAGCAUCAUAUAUAUGUUAUACAUAUUUAUACUGUAAUUUCUCUCAUGGACGAAUUAAGGCACUUUGUUAUUUCA